GCUAGAGAGAGAGAGAGAGAGUUUAAACUAAGAGCUAUGGCUUGGGACGGGGUAAUCUGCUAGAGAGCAGUGUGCGGAUCGGAGCACAUUGUGUGAGUGAGUGUGCGGGGAACAGAUAAGGGGAGAAGCCCGCCAGCCUGGCUGCUUGUUUUAAUGUGCUGACUCCGGGGAGAUAAAAAAAUAUUGACUCUUCAGUCGUGUGCCGAGAGCCAGGGCUCAAGCUCCACGUUUAACAGAGGUGCACCAAACAACAGGGCGCGAAAGGGGACAAAAUACGUCCGAGCAAAACCGCACAUUUAGAGGAUUUUCCCCUCUCUUUCUCUUUUUUUUUUGCCUCCUGCUGGGACCGAUUCCUGUUUCCGGUAGAAAGCGAAGGGAGACUCUUCCACUGACGUACACAGAGGCGAGAGGACAGCAAGACACACGGCCGCUGACGACAAGAUGUUUGAAAUCAGCCGAACCCUGAACGCCGCUUUGCUGAGCAAUGAGGGAUCGACAGAGACUCAGUGGCGUCAGGCAGACUUGCCGCAGCUCCAGGGCUGGGCUGACAAGGGACUGCUGACACAGCCAAAGAUGAUAAUCAGCAACAUGGAGCCUCAGGUGACGAACGGGCCCAACCCGGCCACAGCCAACGGGCCCUCCAGCAACAGUCGCAGCUGCCCGUCGCCCAUGCAGACCGGCGGCGCCAACGACGACAGCAAGACCAACCUCAUUGUCAACUACCUGCCCCAGAACAUGACCCAGGAGGAGUUCCGCAGCCUCUUCGGUAGUAUCGGCGAGAUCGAGUCCUGCAAGCUGGUCCGCGACAAGAUCACAGGACAGAGUCUUGGAUAUGGUUUCGUCAACUACAUUGAUCCAAAGGAUGCAGAGAAAGCCAUCAACACGUUAAAUGGACUCAGACUUCAAACCAAAACCAUCAAGGUGUCGUACGCACGACCCAGCUCGGCCUCUAUCCGUGACGCUAACCUGUACGUGAGUGGACUGCCUAAGACCAUGACCCAGAAGGAGCUGGAGCAGCUCUUCUCCCAGUACGGACGAAUUAUCACCUCCCGCAUCCUCGUCGACCAGGUCACAGGUGGCUCGCGUGGCGUGGGAUUCAUUCGCUUUGAUAAGAGGAUAGAAGCCGAGGAGGCCAUCAAGGGCCUGAACGGACAGAAGCCCUCCGGCGCCGCCGAGCCCAUCACGGUGAAGUUCGCCAACAACCCCAGCCAGAAGACCAGCCAGGCGCUGCUCUCGCAGCUUUAUCAGUCGCCCAAUCGCCGCUACCCCGGCCCCCUGCACCACCAAGCCCAGAGGUUCAGGCUGGACAAUUUGCUUAAUAUGGCCUAUGGCGUUAAGAGGUUUUCUCCCAUCACUAUAGACAGCAUGACCAGUCUGGUAGGGAUGAACAUUCCUGGGCACACUGGCACGGGAUGGUGCAUCUUCGUCUACAACCUGUCCCCGGACUCGGACGAGAGCGUCCUCUGGCAGCUCUUUGGGCCGUUCGGCGCCGUCAACAACGUCAAGGUGAUCCGCGACUUCAACACCAACAAGUGCAAGGGGUUUGGCUUCGUCACCAUGACGAACUACGAUGAGGCAGCCAUGGCAAUCGCCAGUCUGAACGGGUACCGGCUGGGUGACCGCGUGCUGCAGGUCUCCUUCAAGACCAACAAGACCCACAAGUCCUGAACUCCCUCCCCUCUCUCGUGUAGCCCCGUAAAAAACACCACUACUAACACCCACCUCAGCCCACACAGCUAGCCUACUCCAAACAGGAACAAAUCUACCAACAAACCAACUAAAGAGAACUGGAUAUGGCUUAUAAUAUAACUUUGGACCUAUAAGCCAAUGUUGCCUAAGUAUUACAAAAUUGAAAACAGAAAUUAUUAAUGAUUUGGAAGACCUGUACUUGGUACAGGCAUUCUGUUGUAUAUCCUUUGAGUUCUUGUGGUUGUUUAUUGGUUUCCUUUUCUCUGUAAACAGUAGCAAAACCAGACCGCCCUUAUUUAAAAGAAGAGAAAGUCCUUCUUACGAUUGAACUCUCGGUCUUGAUUCAGGUUUUUCUUUUUUGUUCUCUUUCUGAUCCGGAUCCACUGUCGUUAGUAUAACGCCUCCCUGGGAAGAGAAUGGGAGGGAGCUCUUUUUAAAAAAAAAGAAACGAUAAAGAAAUCGAUGAUCAUUCAUUCAUUUGUUUUGGUGUAUAUUAUUAAAC